GGAGCGCGCACAGGGAAUGAGUACUCUGUGUGUGUUUGGGAUGAAGAUGGGAGCUGUGUCUCUGUCUCUCUCUCUCUCUCCGCUUCUCCUCUGCUUCUGGCUCGUUUUUCCGCUCUGUGCGACCCAGAAAGCCAAAGAGAGGAGGACUGUGGGCGCCAGGGACACCGAAUUCGUGGACAAGUACAGCGUGUGUGCACAGGGUCCUCCUGGAGUGCAGGGGCGUGAUGGUAAUCCGGGCGUGAACGGUAUUCCUGGUACCCCGGGAAUCCCCGGCCGUGACGGGGUGAAGGGCGAGAAGGGUGAGUGUGUGAUGGAGAGAUUCGAGGAACCGUGGAAGCCGAACUACAAGCAGUGUGCGUGGAGCGCGCUUAACUACGGCAUCGACCUCGGCAAGAUCGCUGACUGCACGUUCACUAAGCUGCGUUCGGACAGCGCCCUGCGAGUGCUCUUCAGUGGCUCGCUCCGGCUCAAGUGUAAGACGGCCUGCUGCGGCCGCUGGUACUUCACCUUUAACGGCGCUGAGUGCACGGGGCCGUUACCCAUCGAGUCCAUUAUCUACCUGGACCAGGGCAGUCCAGAGCUCAACUCCACCAUCAACCUGCACCGCACGUCCACAGUGGAGGGCCUGUGUGAAGGCAUCAGCGCUGGGCUAGUGGACGUGGGGAUUUGGGUUGGGACCUGCGCUGAUUACCCACGCGGAGACGCUUCCACGGGCUGGAACUCCGUAUCCAGGAUGAUCAUCGAAGAGCUUCCCAAAUAAUCCUCUCAUUCCGUCUGAUCUGCUGUUAGCCGCUGAUCUGUAAUCAGAAGUACACGGCUAGCCAACAUCCUCCAUCGCUGUAUUCCUCUAAAAUCAAAAUCAGUAUGUUUUGUCAGUGUUAUACACUGCUAGCGAGGUAACACUGCUGUUAGCUAAGAUAACUAGUCACAUUCAGUGCAAUGAUGUAUUUACAGAGCUUGUCAGGGUAGUUAAUGUUCCUACACACACUCGUGAGACUCCACACAGACAGAAGCCUGAGCUCAGGAUCCAUACAGGAGUCCUGGGGCUGUGAGGAGGCAUCGCUGUCUACAGUGCAAACAAUAAACAACAGAGUGUUUCUUACUGUCCAGAGAGAAUUAUAAUCUCGAAAAUAUGGUAAACAAACUUUUUUAAUCUGUUUAUAUGCCUGGUUACUCUCAAAUAUUUUAGAGCAGGGUGUGUCUCCAAGAGACUGGUGGGCGUGUCUUGAGCUGGAAGACACACCCACUAGACGUUUUGGAGUAGUUCCCAACUUCUUUUUCCUACUUGAAGACUUCCAGAUGUGGACUCAGCCAAACCCACACACACACACACACACACACACACACACCCUGCUAGUGUUUGAAGCGUGAUUUAUUUCCACUGUGUUUAGUUUGUAUGUUAAACAUGUUAUCGUAUUUUUCAAUCGAAUAAAUGAGACUGUUUUA